AUGCGCAAAGAGGAGCUUGCGCACGCGGAUACGCAAGCACAGAGGCGGCGUAGCUACGACGUUCUAAGUAGUAAACUUACGGUUGAACCGCGAGUUACCCAGUACAAGUUCAACAGCAGCGAAGAGCGAUACGCAUCUGCAGCCGUUGAUCCGUCGUUUGUGAGUACUAGUGGUGUUCUACCCACCAAGGCGGAGGGCGUUAGCAGCGCGAGGCCCCAGCGGCCGCGUCGGCCUCCCCGAAAAUUUGAGGUCGAUGAAUCUAGUUCAGACAGCUCCUUCAAAAAGGCGCUGGAGAAAUCACGGCUGGAGACGCGCCGUAUGGAUAUUGAUUACGCUUCUCUUCCUUCCAUCCCAGAAAUAAAGUUUGCAUCAUCUGAAGACUUUCUUGUCAACCCAGUAGCCUUCUACGAGCGUUUGGAGCGCUAUGGAAGAGAGUUCGGAGGAGUGAAGAUUGUACCUCCUGAAGGAUGGAGGCCUCCAUUUUGUUUGCGUGAUCUACUGGAUGACGCACUGGAAUUCAAUGUCCGGGUACAGGACAUUCACAAGCUUAUGCAGGGUGCGAAAUUUGGUCAUCCACCAGCAACCGAGCGAGCGUCUGGAUUACAGGCGAAAGAUCGGCAGAUGAAGCGUCAGCAUUUUGGGACGGAAAAGCCCCUGUUACAUCAAAUCGAAGCCUUGUACUGGCAGUCGGUGGAGACUUCUGUUCCAGAGCUUACCGUUCAUUAUGCAGCAGACCUUAAGACAAACGAAGUAGGGAGCGGUUUUCCUACACAAAAAACGGACGGAACCUGUUGUGUACAGCAACGUCAGCCGGGCGUCUCAGGGGUUGACGCAGAUCGGGAGUGCACUGAUGCGGCUUUCUAUGCAGCCCAUCCGUGGAAUCUUACCCGUUUUGCAAGACAGCGGGGAUCGUUGCUAUCGUCGUACCACAGAGAUGUCGCAGGAGUUACUUCUCCAUGGCUGUAUGUGGGCAUGAUUUUUUCGACUUUCUGCUGGCAUGCAGAAGAUAACUAUUUUGCGGCCUGCAACUAUCAUCACUGGGGGCGAUGCAAGCUGUGGUAUGUUAUUCCACCGAGUCGAGCGCCCUCUGUCGAGCGUAUGCUGCAACGGUAUUUGAAUACCAAAGACUCUGAGUACGUACUCCAUUCUCUGACCGUCCAGCUGCCUCCAUCAUUGUUCAUCCAGCAUCGAGUUCCAGUGUAUAGGGUGGAGCAGAAGGAAAACGAGUUUAUAAUGCUAUGGCCUCGAACUUAUCAUGCGGGAUUUAAUGCCGGCUUUAAUUGUAACGAGGCAUGCAAUUUCGCUCCAGCGAGUUGGUUGCCAUGGGGCCACCGUUCAAUAUACUCCUAUCGAUUUAUGCGCUCAACAUGCAUCCCGUUCCACCAGCUCCUCUUACGAGCAGCUUGUAACGCGGGGGGAUUGGCGGCGUCACAGCUGCUUCAUAUGUGCCAAGCGUUACUGCGUCUUCUUCAUGAAGAAUACGCAUUGAGACGAACAGCCAAAGAGGAACGCGUUGCCACAGGUUCCUCGUCGCGUGAUCAUUCGACGCUGCCACCGCGGGGCAACAUGUCUGCUGUGUCGUUACCGGUUGCUCAGUCUGCGGUUUCUGUAUCCUCAAUGAAGAAACGCCGUGUAGCGGAAUCUACCACUGGAUGCAGACGUGCUGACAUUCAGCGCAAGAGGCGAAACGGGCUGGAGAGACGAACCACGGCAGCUGGUGCACUACAAGUUCAAGAAAAGAAGCUUUCAAGUGCAGAAAUCAUCAAGGUGCUCGUGAGACAGCUCACGUGGCGAUACUUCCUAAGCGCGCUUAAAGACGAAGAGGAGGAUAAUGACGAAAGAAUUCUGCCUGUGUUUC